GUUAUCCUGGCUUAAUUUGUUUCCGUAUCCCUUAAACAAAUUACAUAUAACGCAACAUGCAGAAGGUACUUUGUGGUCUUUUAGGGUCAACCGGUUCGAGAUCCUUAAGGUUUCCAAUAGCCCCAAAUAAGCUUGUCGCCACCGCCAGAUACAACUCCUCGAUCCCAGAAAAGGCGAUCCCAACUACCUCAAUCGAGUCUAAACCAGUUGAAGAGACUGUCCCAUCCACUCCUCUUGAAACUAAGCCGGCGGCUGAGGCCGAGCCAGUUGCUCCGGUUGAUGUCGAAGACUACUCUAUCGGCUCCUUGGGUAAGGACGGUUUGAUCGAUACCCACCUCAUUGAUGCUCUUAAGAGAUGUGGCUUCAAUACUUUGACUCCAGUCCAGCAGAAGACCGUGAGACCAAUUUUGGAAAACAAGCAGGGUGUGGUGGCCAGAGCCAAGACCGGUACCGGUAAGACCUUGGCCUUCGGUAUCCCAUUGUUGAACCAGCAGUUCAAGAUGCUCAAGGACAAGGAUCCAAGAGACAGGAAGGCCAUCACCGGUGUCCACUCAUUGAUCAUUGCCCCAACCAGAGAUUUGGCUUUCCAGAUCAGAGAAGAGUUUAACAAGGUCAAGAUGAACUCUCCGUUGUUGAAGAAGACCUUAAAGAUUGAAGCCUUGGUUGGUGGUGACUCGAGAGGCAAGCAGCUCAGCCACUUCAACUCGUGGCAACCACCGAGCAUGAUUGUCGCCACCCCUGGCAGAUUGAUCGACAUGUUGAGUGAGCCUUCUGUACGCAGAGCUUUCGCGGGUUUGCAGUACAAGGUUUUGGAUGAAGCUGAUAGGUUAUUGGAUAUUGGUUUCAAAGAUGAUUUGUUGCAAAUUGACAAGAUCUUGACCUCCAUCAAUACCGAAGAACAAAGCAUUCGUACCUUGUUAUUCUCAGCCACUAUUGAUAAGACCGUUACCAACUUUGCCCAGGACCUUAUGGGUAAGGAAUUCACCUACAUCAACACCGUCGACACCAACGAACCGGAAACCCACGAGUUGAUCAAACAGACUUUGGUCACCUCCGAGGGCAUGUACGAAUCCAUGAUUGCCUCCUUUAACUUUGUCCUCCAGCAGAUUGCCGAAAAUCCAAAUACAUUCAAGCCAAUCAUCUUCUUACCAACCGUCAAGGGUGUCGACUACUACCGUAACAUCUUGCACAUGGUCUUGAGAGAAGAAAACUUGCGUUUCUCCUGUAUCGGUUACCACGGUAAGAUGUCCCAGACCGGUAGAGACAAAGCUGUCAAGAGAUUCAAGAACCUCUCCAAAACCAUCUUGGUGACCUCCGAUGUUGGUGCCAGAGGGUUGGAUUUCCCAGACGUCACCCACGUUAUCCAGGUCUCCAUGGCCUCCGAGACCGCCAACUACGUCCACCGAAUCGGUAGAACUGCCAGAGCUGGUAAGAGUGGUGCCGCCGUUACCUUCUUGGCUGACGCCGAGUUAAAGUAUGUCGAUGCCUUGGCCCGGGUUAAGAUUAAGUUCGAGAACAGAAUCGAAAGCCAGCCGAACGUUGCCUUGCAGGAAAUGAUCACCAACUUCAACGCUAAGGACUAUGAGUUGAACGAUGAAUGUCGUGGUAUGAUCUCCGCCUCUUACGGCUUUUACUUCUCCUUGAUCCAGAAUUAUCGUUUGGAUGCCAACGCCAUGAUGGAGACAUUGAGUGAGCAAUGGACCAAGAUGGGCCUCGAGGGCUCCCCAAGAAUUCCACAAGCCGUCUUGAUGCAAAUGAGAAACCUCCAGAAGCGUGGUAACAACAAAGGCAACUCCUAUAACCUCAGAGGCAGUGCCCAGCGCUCCCCAAUGGGUCGUCGGUACAACGGCGAUGGUGGUGCCCAGAGAUCUGACAGAUAUGACGGUGCCAACAAAAAGGGUGGCAGAAAGUUCGAGUUUGACAACUUUGGCUCCGAUGAUGCCCCGUCCUACAAGUCUAAAGAUGGCUUCAAGAGAGGAGGUGGCUUCAGAGAUGGUGGUUUCAACAAGGAUCGUGGUUCCUUCAGAGAUGGUGGUUUUAACAAGGAUCGUGUUUCCUUCAGAGACGGAGGUGCUCCAAGGGAAGGUGGUUUCAAUAAGGACCGUGGUUUUUCCAGAAACCGCAAGUCUUCCCGCGAUGAUGACUUUUAAGGGCUAAAACAACUGUGUUUUCACCUGAAAAAAGUAACUGUACACUAAGAAUACGACUAAUGGAAAUUGCUGUUCUGCACUCCUGGGUUAACCAAGUGGUGGCUUUGGCAACUUCGUAUCGUCGCUUCACUUAAGGUUCCUUUCUUUUCUCUACUUUUUUUCCUGUUUUCCUCUCUGGGUUCUCAGUUCCUGUGUAUAUUUUGGAUUAUUCGCUUGUACAUAAUUACCUCCAUUGUUCCUGUUAUAUAUCAAAAUUGUUUUAUUCAAGUCACCCUGCUAGCUCUAAAAAUUCGUUACAAAUUUACCACCCACCGCCACGUCCAGUACUCUUGGAAAAUUCAC